GAGCCCCCGUCCAUCUCCGCCACCACUCAUCGCGUUAACGCUACACGUUCACUAUCCACGCUCAUAUCUGAAUUACCGCACCUAAUAGACUACAGCGCUAGAACGAGACUUGACUCCAUCACUUGAUUCCCGCUUACCGGAGAUCCGAGCGAAACAAUGGAAGAUCAACAGAUCCUCCUCCAGGAUGCCCUCACCAUUGUCCGCCAACAGACGGCUUUGAUGCGAAAGUGCUUGGAGACGCCUGGGAAGCUUAUGGAUGCUCUGAAAUGCAGGUAUGUGCAAUUGGGGGGAGAAUUUUUCAUCCGAGGGAGGGGAGGGGAGGCUGACGGCGGGGUUGGUAUAGCUCUACGCUGGUGUCGGAACUUCGAACGAGCUCGUUGGGACCUAAACAAUAUUACGAGCUUUACAUGGCCGUCUUCGAUGCUUUGAGGCAUCUUUCUCUCUAUUUAAGAGAGAGUCACCCGGUGAAUCAUCUAGCGGAUCUGUACGAGCUGGUGCAGUAUGCAGGUUAGUGAUGGCUGGAAACGUUGAGACUCUCGGCUCAUUCUAUAUCAAACUCUAGGGAAUAUAGUUCCGCGGUUGUAUCUUAUGAUUACGGUUGGGACGUUAGUAUUCUGCGCUCUAGCUUCUAGUGGACGAGUUCUAACACUUGAUAGUGUGUACAUGUCUAUCGAGGAUGCACCGGUCAAGGAGAUCAUGAAAGAUAUGAUGGAGAUGAGUCGUGGGGUUCAACACCCUAUCAGGUAUGGGUCUACUUGCUGUGGGGAUGCGGCAUGUUAACAUAGUUUGCAGAGGGUUGUUUUUGAGAUAUUAUCUGUCUGGCCAAUCGCGAGAUUACCUACCCACGGGGAAUAGUGAAGGGUUUGAUCUCCCUCAUUGACUGCAUUGCGAAGCGACUGACAGUGUAUAUGAUAGCCCCGAAGGUAAUUUUCAAGACUCGAUCUCUUUCAUAAUUACCAACUUCAUCGAGAUGAACAAACUAUGGGUCCGGUUGCAACACCAGGGUCACUCACGGGAACGCGAGAAGAGAACACAGGAGAGGAAAGAGCUUCAAUUACUGGUGGGAAGCAAUUUGGUUAGAUUGAGUCAACUUGUCGACCUUGAGACAUACAAGAAUAUUAUCCUGGCCCCCUUAUUGGAGCAGGUCGUCCAAUGUCGUGAUGUAUUGGCGCAAGAGUAUCUCCUUGAAGGUAGCUCCGGCCAUCAUUUUUUUCACCUCAACGAGAGCUCGCGAUGCUGAUGAUUCACAGUAAUAACGCAGGUUUUCCCGGAUGAAUUUCAUCUUCACACCCUUGAUCAGUUCCUUUCUGCUACUGCCAGACUUAACCCAAAUGUAAAUGUCAAGGCUAUUGUGAUUGGCAUUAUGGAUCGACUCUCGGCCUACGCUGCUCGUGAGGCUGAGUCCGAAUCCCCCGAAGAGAAAUUAAGAAAGGAGGAAGAGGCUGUGCAGGGUUUGCUGAAGAAGUUAAGACUCCAGGAAGCCAAUAAUGCGGAGGAAAACAAACCAGUGGAUCCAGUCGUCGCAGACAAACGACCGCCGAUCAUGGAAGCUAAUGGGAACGAGGGCUUCAAAGAGGUGGAGGAUGAGGGAUUCAAGGAUGGCGAUGAUACGACAAAUCCCCCAACAGAUGGUGCGAAACCUGCGGAGGCUUCGACUGGGGAUACAGUUGAGAGUGAGGAUAAGGGUGGGAAUGCGGACAAGGACUCAAAAACGGUGGAUGGGUCCUCUGCGGAAUCUACGGAGAAGCUCCCAAGAGGUAUUCCGGAGGAUGUAAAGCUGUACGAGAUUUUCUUCAAACAGGUGUUAAAUCUGGUCAAUGUAAGAGCACACACGAGGAAUUUUGGACACACUUCAGGAUCGUCGGCUGAUUUCUACGUUUCUUCGAAGGCCCAAAAUCUUCCAAUUCAGGACAUAAUCGCCCUCCUGGUAUCGCUAGCCAAUCUGGCAUUGAAUAUAUAUCCAGACCGAUUAGGUAUUUCAAUCCUUUCCUAGCAAUUGCGAGAGUAAAAUGCUAAUCGUGCUCAGAAUAUGUCGACCAAAUCCUUUCGUACGUCCAAUGAUAUCACCACCCGUCCACGGAUGCUAAUAUUACGCAAUAGGUAUACCCACAAAAAGGUGUCAGAAAUGGCCAACAGCGCAGACCUGCACUCUCCACAGUGCCAGCAACAUAUACUAAAUCUCAUGCUUGCCCCUGUCAAAUCAUAUGCCUCCCUCUUCACUGUGCUUGCCCUGCCGAGCUACCUCCCCCUUUUGCACACACAAUCAUACCCAACUCGCAGAUCUGUGGCGGGGGUCGUUGCACAGAACAUUUUGAAGAACCAGACCGAGAUUUCCACCCCAGAGCACGCCGAGGGUGUAUUCGAGCUGCUGCGCGUAUUGAUUCGAGAAGGAGCGCAGCAGCAAGCAGGAUAUCCUGGAGCGCAAGCAGCUAGAAAAGGUAGGGAUAUUGAGACCGACGAAACGGUUGAGGAGCAAGGCCGGUUGGCAAGGAUAGUGCACCUAUUAUGUAGUGACAAUAAUGAUACCCAAUUCAAGGUAGGACGAACCCUUAAUGACGGGACUUUAGCGUUGCUGAUGAUUCGGGACAUAGCUCCUGCAAACAGCCCGGAAAGCGUUCAGCGAGGGUGGCGAUAGGAUCAGAUAUACAACCCCUGCUCUAGUUACCUCCGGAAUCAAACUCGCCCGGCGCUAUAAACUCCGAGAGCAUUAUGACAAUGAAUGGCAAACCAUGAGCACAGCUCUCUAUAAAUUCUUGCAUCAGACGGUUACCUCGAUAUAUGCUCGAGUCGGCGCGCCGGAUUUGUGUCUUCGACUUUUCCUUUUCUGCGGUCAGGUAUCAGAUCAGACGGAAUUCGAAGAAGUCGCAUAUGAAUUUUUUGCGCAGGCCUUUACCGUAUACGAAGAGGCAAUCUCAGACUCCCGGGCCCAGUUCCAGGCGGUGUGCGUCAUCGCCAAUGCGUUGCAUUCGACCCGAAACUUUUCAAAGGAAAACUACGAUACUCUGAUCACGAAAUGUGCGCAGUAUGGUAGCAAGCUUCUCAAGAAGCCGGACCAGUGUCGUGCGGUCUACCUGGCAUCACAUCUUUGGUGGGCCGUCGAAAUACCCGCCAGAAGUGAGGAUGAAAGGUCGCCGCUGUACAGGGACGGGAAGCGGGUCCUUGAAUGCCUUCAGCGUGCUCUGAGGGUAGCAGAUGCAUGCAUGGACACCGCGGUUAGCGUGGAGCUUUUCGUGGAGAUUUUGAAUAGAUACGUAUACUAUUUUGAUCGCCAAAAUGAGGCUGUAAGAUCCCUUCACACGCCACCCUCACAUCUGGAAUGUCUUGGAUUAUUUUACUCCCCCUUCUAUAUCUCAAGUGUGAAAUCUGACGUGGUUCUUGGGUGAUAUCAGGUUACGGUCAAGUAUCUCAACGGGCUUAUAGAACUGAUUCAAUCCAACCUCAGUUCUAAUGACAGCUCAACCACUGAGACGCCGAGAAAGCACUUUGAGAGAACCCUGGACUACAUUGCAUCUAGGGACUUUGCUGGCGUAGUUUUGGACCCAAAGUAGAAUACCGGGGGGGGGGGGGGGGGUAGUUUUCGAUGUUUUGCGGUUCUUUUCGGGAGGUGGUGGUUGGGGUAAAAAAAAAGGGGGGGGGUUUCAUCCUGGAGACUUAACCUGUGCUGUGGUAGUUGUGAUGGACGAGAGAUGUGAUGUGCGUUUUUUCAUUGUAGGUUAGACUUGACAAAAUCCAAGGCGAUAUCAGUAGGCUGGUGGAAAUGACAGUAGUUGCGGUUUCUUUCUCUCUCCCCACUCCCCACUCUCCUCUAUCCCUUUCUGCCUAUUUCUGUGGCAUUGCAGUUUGUACUCGAGGACCAGCAAGAGAAGUAGGCUACGAGAUGCAGAGUGUGUAGUGCAGAAUACUUUUACGGGUCCCGCCGCAGGCUCUUGGACGAAUAAUCUCAUGAGGGAUGGAUAUAAUAUGAUAAUAGGAAACUCUGAGCCCGCUACUGUACAUGUACGAUGCUUUCACUUGUACUCCGAGAGCAACUCAUGUGCACCUUUUAGUCCCGGCAUUAUCUAAAAACAGCACGGCCGUAUAGUAGCAUACUUGAGUAUUAUUCGGCCCAGCAGAUUUUUCUUUUCUUUUUCAAAAAAAAAAAGUAAAUAUCCCCGCCAGCCCUGCGUUUUUUUGUUUUUUCUUCAUUCUCCUCCAAACGCCAACUUCGAUAGCUCUAACCGCACACUUGCACGCCUUUACCAUGCAGAUAAUCGAACCCCUAGAAGCACCGUGUGAGAGCGCGUUAGCACAGAGAAACACAUGAUAAUGGUUUCUUCUUUCAUACUAGCAAGCCUUACUUACCAUAUAACCACCUACCUAAAAGAAAGGGAAUGGAGAGAGAAGGGAAAAGAAAAAAAAGGAAAGAAGGAGGGGGGAACGCAC